AAAUUACAAGAAUUGAAGAAAUAAGAUAAAUAAAAAAUAUAACAAGCCCCCUUCCUCUACCAUUUAAUAUCAUAAAUCUUGUUAAGCAGAACUAGACGGUUUGUCAUGUGCUCAACAAUAAUUCAGUAAAUCAGAAUAAAAAUCGGAACAUUCGGACGUGCUAUAGACAACCUAUUCCUGCGGAACAAGCAUGUAAUAAUAUUUACUAUGGAAAAUUUAAAAUGUGUUAAAUGCCAAAAAUAUCUGAGUGUGCCAAUAUUCGUCUGUUGCAAGACGAAAAAUUUCAAUAAACCACACUUACAAUGCGGAAAAUGUUGUAACAACGAGCAAACAACAAACAAACCAAGAUGUUAUUCUUGCUAUAGAAAUGGAGAUAAAGAGACAUACUUAGAACGGAGUUCUAUUUUGAUUGAAAAAGUAAUUUUGCAAUCAAAAUAUCCUUGUAUUUAUGAAGAAGAGGGCUGUACGUUUAAUUUACGCAUUGACCAAAAGGCUGAACAUGAAAAUAACGAAUGUUUCUAUCGCCCAUUUAAAUGUUCCAUGGUAGGGACAAAGUUUUCAAAAGAAUGGAAAUGUAAUUGGAUUGAUAAAGUCGAAAAUUUUUAUGAUCAUUUUCGUGAAAAACAUGCUGACAAUGUUUAUAAAUAUACCAGCGAUAAAAACGAACAAAAAAUUCAAAUGAAUUUUUCUGAAAAAUCUGUAAAAGAUACUUUUUAUUUAUUUUCUGCACAUUUUCGAUUAUUUUGGCUAAUACAUCAAUAUAAUCCAAAUACAAAAAGAGCAUAUUGGACAAUACAAUAUAUUGGUCCGAAAAAUAAAUCGACUAAUUUUUUUUAUGAAUUUGAAUUUUUUAAAAUAAGUGAUCCAAUACGUAAAUACAAAAUCACUGAAUAUUGUGAAAGUCAUAUCGUAGAUCACACAUCAACUUUUAGCGCGGGUAAUUGUGUAGCGAUUUCUUUUGACACAUUAUUCACUUUUUUGAUAAACGGUGAAGUUACAUUUCGUUUUCGAGUUUGCAAAAAUAAUAAAUCAAUUGAUGAUAAGAAUAUAGAGAAAAAGACAACUGAAAUAACAAUACCAAAUUUACUAAAUAUUACAAAUAAUAAUAUUGGUAAUAUUAUUGGUUCUUCUCCAAUUGCUACAAAUGCGCCUCCAUUAAAUUUACCACUAGUGACACGCACAUUCAGAUCGAAAAGUGUGGUUGGAAAAAGGCGCCAUUAAUUUUUUUUAUAAUCAUCCAUAUCAUAUUUUUUUGAAAAAAUAUUCAUUUUAAUGUUAUAAUUUUUUGUACUAUUAUUUUAACGACAAUAUUAUACUAAAGGAGUUCAUUUUGUUAAUUUAAGCAUGUUAAUUACUCCCAAAAUAUUUUAUUUCAUACUUUUUGUUACGUAUAUCAAUAAAGAUCUUUUAAAAC